AUGACUACCCAGUCAGACAUCGCAUUGCCCGACAGCGACAAGGAUCAGCAAUCCCCGAGACUGUCAGACUCCAGUAGCGAGGGGCUGAUCAGCAGCGGCGACGAGAUCGAUAACGCCGAAGCUGAUGAAGAUCAGGUCAAUGAUGUGCUGGGAGUCAGCAUCAGUCAAGUCCAGAGCCGAAUGAAGGCGCGCCAGACACCCGCCGAAGAGAAGACUCGCGCUAUUGAAAGAUCGGGCGGUUAUUUCGAUGCGAUACCAGAUGAGACUUCGGGCGCGCAGGAUCAGCCGCAGUUGUUCGAGGAGCCGGAGACUAUUGAAGAACCUGCAGUCGAGAGGCGGAAACUUGAGAAGAAUGCGCUCAAAAACAAUCGACACUCAUUCACAAGAUCAAUGCUCCUGUCGAGCCUUUCCGGGAGAAGGCGCGCGUUGUCUGGUGAUUCUGGGUAUAGCAUAAACCUGCGCAAAUUGUUGCCAGAUUUCAGCUUAACGCCGAGUCGGCAUAGUUCGUCGUCUACGAAAUUUAAUUUUGCUGAUUCGACGCUGCGGUCGAGGUCGUCGAGUACGCCGCAGGGAAGCCCUAGACACGUUAGCGACAGUAACACGGCGACCGUAGCUUCCAAAUCGUCGAGUACGAUACACUCAAAUAACGACGACGACGGGCUAGCGGCAUUGGGCGCGUUAGAAAACACCAGAACGCAUUCCUAUCAGCAAUACCCGAUAACGAAGAAACGUCCUCCAUUGAGUGUGCGGCCGUCGUUAUCCGAUGAAAGUUUAUACGUGAGAAGUCUGUCACGGGUGUCGACGCUGGAGCAUCGACCACAUUAUGAGAAUGUCCACUCGCAGGUAAACAGUCGCUACAAAGCGAUCAAGGACAGUCUGCAAGACUCGAGCAGCAGAAUUUUCAGCAUGCCGAGUUUCAAUCUCCCGGAUUUCAGACAUGAGUGGCAUCCUGGUCGUUUUCUAGGAGAAUAUCAACGAAAAGAGGGUGUACAACCGGGAGAUGCUCGGAUGAAUGGAGCGCCGGAAGUCAAUGGCAGCGAAACGAAUUUCAAUGGUAGCAAACCUAAUAUCAGAUCGAAUACGAUUUACCCGUUUCUGGACCAAGCAGCCGCCCAUAUAACUGGCGACGUCGUCGUCAUGGGCGGCUAUCGAGGCUCAAUCCUUCGAUCUGCGAAGCCACCCCAUCGACAACUCUGGGUACCCAUGAAAGUCGGCUUGAACAUUCGCAAAGUCGAUCUCGAGGUUGGACUGUCUCCUGAAGACGAAGAACGCAUGGAAGAAACCAUCAUCGCACGAGAAGUCUUGUCACAUAUUGGUCCCGUGGAUAUUUGUCGACGUUUAUUGCAGCGACUGAACAAGCAUGAAAAGUCCCGGAAUGGCGAUAUACGGGUUUGGGAUUAUGGUUAUGAUUGGCGAUUGAGUCCGCAUUUGCUGUCGAAACGACUCAUCAAAUUCUUGGAAGGAUUGCCGUGCAAUGCGCCUGGAGUACCUGCAGAAAAACGAGGCGCGUAUGUGAUUGCCCACAGUCUUGGGGGUUUGAUUACUCGACACGCUGUCAACCAGCGACCUGAACUUUUUGCUGGCGUUGUGUAUGCGGGUACUCCGCAGCAUUGCGUGAAUAUUCUCGGACCUCUACGGAACGGCGACGAAGUGCUGCUCAGCUCCAAGGUUCUCACUGCGCAGGUCAACUUCACGAUUCGCACAAGUUAUGCGUUGCUUCCGGAUGACGGGAGAUGUUUUAUCAACAAGGACACUAAAGAGGACUAUUUGGUGGAUUUCUUUGAUGUGAAUUCGUGGGACAAGUAUGCCUUGUCGCCUUGCAUUACGGCACCGUUGCCACCAGCGGGCAACGAGACGAACAAUAAGAAAGGAAUUAUGGAUAAUCUGCCGAAUUCGCUUAGCACUCUGCCGAGAAUUGGUCUGGGCAAGAAGAGACUUUCCAUGAAACUCAGCAAGUCGAAUUCCGUCCCAUCCAAUGCAGCACCGCGUGCAUCACGCGAAAAGGAUCAACGUGAAAACGCGCCCGGUGGAAGCGAUAACGAAGAAAUACCCGUCGACAACAAAUCCAAAGGCGGCGCUGCAGCCAUCGCAGGCGGAGCAGCCGGCGGAAUUCUAGGUCCUAACACCGCAAAAACGCCACCAGAAACAAACACAAACCAAGCAACAACCAGCAGCAGCAGUAUUCCUUCGAAUAUGAACACCGGCGGCGGAAACGCGGCUGCAGCUACGUGCACGAUCCCACGGGAGGAAGCGCUCGCAUACCUGGAUCGCACGCUAAAGGAAGUGAAACGUUUCCGACAGGAACUUGCGUUUGACGAAGCACAUCAAAAGGCGAAUCGAUACCCGCCGUUUGCUGUUAUGUAUUCCAAGGCUUUGCCGACGGUAUAUGGCGCGCGAGUUGCGUCGCGCGACGACAUCAAGCGAACGGAUGCGUACGAUAAUCUUGCCUUUGCGGCUGGUGAUGGCGUCUGUUUGGCGUCGGCGGCUAUGCUGCCGCAUGGGUAUAGGGUCAUCAAGCAUGGUCUUGUGAGGAGUGAGCGAGGGCAUGUGGGAUUGCUGGGUGAUUUGGAGGGUGUUGGACAGUGUCUGUUAGCCUUAGUCAGAGGAAGGGAGGCUGGUGUGGGCGUCGACCAAGCAUGA